AUGGAGACAAAGUACUUCCUUGCGAGUCAUUUCAAGCUCAAAGAUAUGGGUAAGUUAAGGUACUUCCUUGGAAUAGAGGUGGCAAGGUCCAAGCAAGGCAUUGUUUUAUGCCAACGAAAGUAUGCAUUAGAGGUCCUUGAAGAUGCAGGCUUCCUAGGUGCUAAACCAUCUCGAUUCCUAAUUGAUCAGAACUUGGUGCUAAUGCAAGGUGAAGGGGUCGUUUUAAAGGAUGCCUCUCAGUAUCGCAGAUUAGUUGGAAGGCUCAUAUACCUCACAGUCACGAGACCAGACCUCGUGUAUGUUAUACAUAUCCUAAGUCAAUUUAUGGAUAACCCUAGACAACCUCAUCUAGAUGCAGCUUACAAGGUGUUGAGAUAUGUUAAGCAGACACCAGGACAAGGAAUACUUUUGCCUUCCACAGGACAAUUGGAGAUCAAGGCGUAUUGUGAUGCAGAUUGGGCACGUUGCAAGGACACAAGAAGAUCAACUACUGGCUACUGUAUUUUCUUAGGCAACGCACCCAUCUCAUGGAAAACAAAAAAGCAAGGAACAGUGUCUCGUUCUAGUGCAUAA